AAUGGUUAUGUGGGGUUCCUUUUUCAAAAAAGGAAAGAGCGUGACGAGGAGAUUCGUGUUUCAUGCCUCAGCUAUAGCCACCCUCAAGGCCCAAGCAACCAGCUUGUGCGUGAAACACCCCACGCGCUUGGAGGUGGUUUCAGCUUUCAUAUGGAAGCAUGCCAUGGCCGCGUCUAGAGAAAACUAUGGUUUUCAAAAGCCCUAUUUGUUAACCCAUUUAGUGAACCUGCGCAGAAGAAUGGCAUCGUCGUUGUCGGAGUAUUCUAUUGGAAAUCUCCUUUGGAUAGCAGCUGCUAAGUGCAUGGACAAGGAUCAUGAUCAGGUAGGAUUACAAGGCUUGGUGGGUGAGAUAAGGGGUGCAUUAUCAAGAAUUGAUGGCGAUUUUGUUCAAAAACUGCAAGGUCAUGAAGAGAUCAGAAAUUCUGUGAUGUGUGAGUCUCUCAAAGAAAUUGGGGAAGUAGGAUCCAAAGACGAAGUAGACUGCUUUGGGUUUAGCAGUUGGUGUAAUUUAGGAUUCUAUGAAGCUGAUUUUGGGUGGGGAAAGCCUAUAUGGAUCAGCAGCAUUGGUUCAAGCGUUCCAGUUUUUCUGAAUCUGACAAUUUUGGUUGACAUGCGGUUGGGAGAUGGGAUAGAAGCUUGGGUGACCCUGGAUGAGCAAGACAUGGCUAGACUAGUAUGAAAUUCAGAGCUCCUCACAUUUGCUUCCUUGGAUCCCAGUCCUAUCAUAUAAUGAUACUGUUCUUAGUUUGGUCAUAGUGUUUUUUUUUUUUUUUUUGGUUAGUUGCAGUUCCCAGAUCU